GAUCAAUCACUCAUCGGCCGGAUCAGUCAUGCCCAAGGAGAAGUCGGCCAACCCCGUCGCUGCCCAGCGCAAGGCGGACAAACGCAAAGAGAUUGCCAAAUCGAAGAAGAAUGUCCAAGAGCAGCGCAAUGAGAAACUCGCGCGCCGCAACCCGGAACGCCUGCAGAAGCAGAUUGAUGAGUUGAAGGAAUUGGAGAGCAGGAACCAGCUGCGGCCGAAGGACAAGGAGACUCUUGCGCAACUCGAGCGCGACAUCAGAGGCAUCAAGCGCGCCAGAGAGGCUCUGGGAGAUGCAGCUCCCAAAUUCCCGAGCCACGAGCGUCGUACAGAGAGAACUGAUAGAGGCGACAGAGGUGAUGCGCGACAAGAGCAACGCGAUCGCAGGCAGCACCUCGGCAAGCGGAGACGAGACGUAGACGGCCCACACAGUGACAGUGGCAGCGACACAGAUCCGGAAGUCCGCAACAUACCCAUGCCUCGCGAUACGCCUCCGCCCAUGCCUCGACAGAAGUUUCACGACCCUCAAAUCGGACCCGACGGUCAGCGCAUGCCUCACGCUCUACCCACGAAGCCUGCCGUAGCACCUCCGCCUCCACAGCUUGUAUACAGCAGCGCGCCUCAGCUCCGAGAUCUGAAGAAGGAAGCCACCAAAUUUGUGCCUGCUGCAGUCAGGCAGAAGCAAAAGCAAGUUAAAGGGCAGGGACGCUUGUUGGAGCCAGAGGAGAUAGACAAGCUGGAAAAGGCUGGAUACUAUGCUGCGCAGAAAGCUGCCGAGGAGGCGGGAGAGGAGGCCGCCAGGAUGGAAAUCGAGGUAGAGGAGGCAGAAGCGCCGCCAGGCACCACUGAUGUGGACAUGGAGCUGCAGUUGAAGCGCUUCGAGGAGGAGAUGAAAGGUCUGGAUCCUCGACAGGAACAAGAGCCAUCGAGUACGAAACGUGUGGUGCAGCUCGAGGAAGUCGACGACGAUGGAGACUGAGCACAACCUGCUCGAGCAAGAUACCGGCCAGCAAAUUCAAGUAAGAAUACAUGCUUUGCACGAUGAGGAGUGUGAAUGCUGUCCCCAUCACGAUCAUGUCACGUACCAGUGGAACACACGAACAGGUCGAAACCCGUCAUACAGCUGCGGAAAUUAGACCUGGACAUAUAAAACCCCAAUCCUCCUGUCAAGCCUUCCUGAUGUGGCGAACACGUGGCGGAAUCACUAGGAGAGAGAGCGAUGCUAUGGUAGCUGCGACCAGCCUUUAGCACCAAUUUGAACGUGCCUCAAGUCGAGAACUCGGGCAACAUCCAGCUUGGGUCCCACAAUGUCAAGCGUGCAGCUAUGGAUCAUAGCCAUUUUCGCAGCGACAGCGCAAAAUACAGAUGAUUUUGUCGUAAGAUCAAACUUGCAAUGAGAUUGAUCUCCGUGGCUCUGCUGGGUUGAUUGAGGACGACGUUGACAGGAUGCUAGGUCCCGACCGACAGACAUGAUUCGCCUAGCACGAACAGAAAGGCAUUGAUAUUGUCCAUUCAUAUCACCCCAAUGCAAUUCGCGAAUCACAGGCUUUGCUCGCUACGAAUUGCUUGCACGUGCACAUGGAAAGUCGAUCUGACCGGGAUGUCCGUGGCCAAUGAGCAGCCAGAAUUCGACCUCACCAUAGCGUCGGCGGCUAGACAUCCUCUUAGAGUCGUCCACCUGCACCUCCCAUUCACCUUGUUGUUUCUUGGAUCCAUCAACCGAAC